UACUCGCGGAUCCGCUACUCCUUCCACUCGGCGGAAUUGGCGUUUUUUUUUUAGUACAGUUCCAAACCAAGCUAAGAUCAUCAUCUAAACAUUCAAAACGGAGGGUAUAAAAUGACAUCGAUCGCCGGUCAAAUGGCAGUGAGUUUUCGUAGUUUUUUCAAUCCGCACACAAAACUCGGCAGCUUGAAUUCGAUAGCUAGCGAGAGUUUUUUUUGAAACGGUUUAUUGUCGCAAUUCGGAGACUGCCAGCCGUGCGUGUUUUUUUCUUUUGGUUCAGUGCAAUAUUCGUUUAGUUUGGAGAAAAAUGAAAUUUUUGAUCGCCCUGUUCGUCUGCUUUGCGUUGGCAGUUGCCGCUCCGGAGUACUACGGUAGCCAUGGUUACGAAGACCAUGGUUACUCCUAUGACUACGCACCGGCUGCUCCGGUGGUGAAAUAUGCCGCCGCUCCUGCUCCGGUGGUGCAGGUGGUUCACGCUGCCCCGGCAAUUCAUGCCGUGGCUCCGGCUCCGACCAUCGUCAAGGCAGCCUUACCGGCGGCUACCAGCUAUUCGACCAUCCACCAGGUACACGCUGCCCCAGUGGUUCAUGCCGCUCCGGCCGUUGUCAAGUAUGCCGCUCCGGCUCCGGUUGUAUCGUACGUACAGGCACCGGCACCGGUGGUGAAGUAUGCCGCUCCCGCUCCUGUGGUCUCGUAUGUCCAAGCACCUGCUCCGGUAGUGAAGUACGCCGCUGCUCCGGCUUACGUGCAUGCUGCUGCUCCGUCCUAUGUACAUGCUGCAUCGGCGCCAUAUGUUAAAUACGGAGGAUUCCACGGAUGGUAGGACGCUCGUUCUGUCGCUCGUGGAACUGCCAAAGCUUCUUGUAUAAACCACCAGAAACAGAGAACACCACCGCCAGUGCUCAGACUACAGAAGAACCUUCGCUCUAAGUGUAACAAUACAGUAGGGAAAACAGAACGCUGUUUGUUUACUUUCGUAUUGCUUACGAGUUUAUCAAUAUUCAAACAGUUUGACAAGCUUUCUUGAAGUUGUGAUUUGUUAUUCAAGAAACGUGAAAGAAAUAAAACUUGUUGUUAAUCGCAAA